UCUCUUUCGAUCACAGUCACCACAACAAACAAACUGUUAGCAACAACAGAAAUGAAGACCCAACGCCUUCACCACCUUAUCCUCUGCCUCAUCUUCUCCGCCGCGGCAUUCUCCAACGCCGUAGAUGAAGCCCCCGCCACCGGCACCGACGGCGACGCCGAUUUCAUCCGCACAAGUUGCAACACCACACUGUACCCAGACGUAUGCUACACCUCCCUCUCUCGCUACGCCAAUGCAGUCCAACAAAACCCUGGCCAACUCGCUCGCAUCGCCAUCGCCGUAACCCUCUCAAAGGUCCACCGCACCGCCUCCUACCUCACCAACCUCACGCGCGUGACCGACUACAGCGCAGAAGGCAGCAGUUCCCUCGCCGCACAGGCGCUCCGUGAUUGCUUCUCGAACCUCGACGACGCCGUGGACGAAAUCCGCGGCUCGCUGAAGCAGAUGCGACAGAUUGGAGCCGCCGGCGCCGGCGCCGGCACCGGAUCGUUCUUGUUCCAGAUGAGCAACGUGCAGACGUGGAUGAGCGCGGCGCUCACCGACGAGGAGACGUGCACGGACGGGUUCCAGGAUGUGGCGGAGUGUCCGGUGAAGGUCGACGUGUGCGAUCGCGUGACGAAGGUGAAGAAGUUCACGAGUAAUGCGUUGGCGCUUGUGAACCGUUACGCCAACAAGGGAAUGCCGUGAAAUUGAAACUGUAACUGUAACUGUUUGUAACCGUUGGAUUUCAUUUUUACUUUUUUACUGUGCAGUGCUGUGUGAAAACGGUGAAUGAGAAAGACGGUGAAUCCUGUAAAUUUCGGUGUUGUUGUAGUAGUUUUGUGGUUAGUGAGAAACAUCCAAAAAAGAAAAGUAAAAAAGUGAAAGUGGCUGCAAUUUAAAAUUGUGACAUUUGAAUGUGUCCAAUUGUGUAUGUGUGAGGGUAAACUAGCUUUUGAGUGAGUUUUUAAUUUGUUGUGGCCACUUAUGAUGAUUGUUAGUUAUGUCAAUCUUAAAGGGUGUCUUUAAUUAGUAA